AUGAAAGUUGUUUUAGCGGUUGCUGCUCUUGCCUUCGCUGGAGUUUUAGGCCUGACGCUACUCGUUCUUGGAUGUGCGCUACCGAUGUUCGGGAAUUGGUCACCUAUGUUUGUUAUUGCUUUCUAUAUAUUUGCACCAGUACCGCUUUUAAUUGCUCGACGUUUUCAGGAAGACAUGACUGGUACGAAUGCAUGCGUUGAAUUAGCAUUAUUUAUCACAACUGCUAUUGUGGUUUCCGCUUUCGCUCUUCCUACUGUUCUCGCUCAUGCUGGCACGAUUAAAGUGACUGCAAUGCUGUUGGCCAACACAGGAUCUGUUGUGAUGUUUCUUACUAUUCUCGCUUACUUCUAUCUUCAUCGCGACGAAGAUUCUGGCAGUUGGAGCCAAUCCCUGUUCUGA